UCCAGAAGUGCCCUCUGAGGUAGGACCGUGUGUAGCCAAUGAGAUGGAGCCCUUUGGUUUCCAAGGAAACCAACAGACCAUCCAAGGCCUGGAUCCCAGAGAAGUUUUCCCAGCUCCCAACAUCAGGAACUGAAGAAGAAAGCCCCUCUCUCACCCUCCACAGAGCCCGUGCCCCCUUUCUCCAGCUGACGGCUCCGGCCCUGCCUCCUCCCCGCAGCCAUGGCCUCCGGAGCCUCUGCCGCUAAAAUCGGGGAGGGGUCCGCGGCCAUGUCCCGGUCGUCCCUCCUCUACACUCCCUGCUGGCAGCCAUGGGAGGUAGGCUCACGGAAGCUCCUUAAGACGACUCAAGCUCUGCACAAGACCCCCGGCCAGAAACCCAGGCUGUUUCCGAUUACGGCGGCACUGACAGAACAAAAGCAAUUCCUGCCAAAGAGCAAACUUCCCACUGCCUCCAAAAAGAAAGACCCCUCCAAAACACAUGGAUCCAAACCACGGAGCAAGGAGCCCAUCCACGAGCAGAAAGAAAUCUCCCCUGGGUACACCUUCUUUCGGACCGCUGAGCAGAUCUCUGUCACCCUGGGCGAGGAGAUGUUCGUGGGGACCAAGAAGCGGGAAGAAGCCGAGGCCACUCCAAGCCCAACCCCCUUCGCUAUCCCCGCCCUCUCUGCCUGGAUUCCCAGGGCCAACCUAGUUCCAGACCUGCAGCAGCAGGUCUCCGAGCUCACCGUGAUGAUUGAACAAAUGAACAGAGAUCACCAGAGUGCUCAGAAGCAGAUCCGGGACGAAAUGGAGCUGAGGUGCAGGGACAUGGAGAGGGACUAUGAAGAGAACCUCAGGGAACUCAGCGAGGUGCACAGCACAGAACUCCGCUCCCUGGAAGAGAAGCACCAAAGCAUGCUGAGGGACGAGAAAAUGUCUGCCCAGGAGAGGCUGGAGAAGAUGAUGAAGGAAUACAAGUACCUGAAGAACAUGUUCCGAAUGUACCAGGACAGCAUUGCCGAGGAGAUGGAGGAGAAGUGGAUGAGGCGGAAGGCGGAGUGGGAGAGGAGUGAGAAGAUGGAGCGAGAGCAGGCGCUGUUGCAGCAGAAACUCAAACUGAUGAAGAAAUUUAAGAUGGAUGUAGAAGAGGAGAAGAAGAAGAUCCAGGUUGCCAGCCAGCAGACCUGUGACACCUACCUUCAAGAGAAAGAGAAUCUCAAACAACAGCUCCAAGAGGAACACGCCAAACUAGAGGAGAUGCAGAGAGCCAAGGAGGUGGCAGAGGAAGAGAUCCUGGAGCAAGCAUCAGCACUGGAGUCACUGAAUGCCACCCUGUACCAGACGCAGCUCGAGCUCCAGAAAGAGAAAAACACCUUGACCAACAUGGAGAAAACCCUCAGCCGUGCCCUGACAGAGAUGGAAGAGAAGUACAGGAUCCAGCUCAAGUACCUGUUGGAGGAGAACACGAUCCUCAAGCGGAAGAUUUUGACAAAGAGCGAAGACCAGAUCCGUGAGAAGAUCCAGCGGCGGACGUCCACGGUGCCGCCGGGCAUUCUGGCCAGCAGGUCCGAGUACCGGAAGUCCACCUGACCCAGUGGGGACGGGAAGUGAGGAGGGACGGGGAGGAUGGCACCGCAGCCCCCAUGCCCACCACAGACACUUGGCUGCCGGACUUCCUUAGAGGACAUGCAUGCGCAAACGUGCUUGGCCCCUUCCACCCUGCUCUCCUAGGGUCGCUGCCUGCACAUGCACAGCUCGGAGGCCAAUCCCGCUGUUGGCUUCGCUCUGCCUUUGUGUCCUGCACGUGUUUUCGCCCUCUCCCUUCUCUCCCUCUCCUUCUCUCCCUUGCCCUUCUCUCUCACCCUUCUCUCCCUUUUCUCCCUGU